AAAUUUAUUCUGCUUCCUCAGCAGCCAGUUGAAUUUAUUUAUAUUUUGGUUGCAGACAUACAGGACAGAUAGUUUGAAGUUAAAUGCUGUAGAACAGGAAAGUGGCGAAGAAUUUGAAGAGCCAAAUCAAGUUGUUUAUACAGAAAACGAUUUUGUUUCUACAAUUAGUUACAAUUCAGAAAAGAAUAAUGAUUCUGAGGAAUCUAGAAUUGCAGGGUACAGAGGUAAGUACCCCUUUAGAAAGAAAUGUUUCAGGAUUCAACCAAGAUAAAAGACAACAGCAGGGAGCUCAGCAGAAAGAGUUAUCCUCUGUGGGUCGAGAUAAGAAUAUACAUGUCUAUUCACAGAGAAUGUCAAAAAAGAAUAUUAAAGUGACAAAUAAGGUUCAAGAGAUUAAGGAUCAAAUUAUUUUAGCCAAAGCAUACUUGAAAAUUGCACCACCAAGCAGAAAUGCGCGCUUGAAGCAGUUGGAGCUGCAAAUGACGGAGAUGGAACAAGCAAUUGGAGAAGUCACCCAGGAUUCAGAUUUGUCAGGGAGUGCUUUGCAGAAAAUGCAACACUUGGAGGCUUCACUGUCCAGAGUCAGUCGUGCUUUCCCUGACUGCUCUGCUAUUGCUGCUAAGCUCAAUGCAAUGAAGCGUAACACUGAAGUGCAAGUCCAUUCUCAGCGACAUCAAGUUGCAUAUCUUGUUCAUCUUGCUGCAAGGACCGCCCCAAAAGGCAUUCACUGUCUUUCUAUGCGGCUGACUGCAGAAUACUUUGCCCAAAAGCCUGAGGAGAGAGAGCUUCCAGAUGAAAAUAAGAUUCAUCAUCCAGACCUUUAUCAUUAUGCUGUCUUCUCUGACAAUGUCCUGGCAUGUGCAGUGGUUGUUAACUCUACUGUCUCUACUGCCAAGGAACAGGAGAAACUUGUUUUCCAUGUACUGACCCAAUCACACAACUUGCCCGCAAUCUCAAUGUGGUUCUUAAUAAACCCUCCUGGCAAAGCUACAGUACACAUACAGAGCAUAGACAACUUUGAAUGGUUGUCCAAGUACAAUACCUUCCUUAGAAAUAAUUCCAGCAAUCCGGGAUACAUGUCGGAAUUGAACUACCUGCGUUUCUACCUGCCCGACAUUUUUCCUGCUCUAAAUAAGAUUGUGCUCUUUGACCAUGAUGUGGUGGUGCAACAAGAUCUCAGUGGACUAUGGAAUGUCAAUAUGAAGGAAAAUGUAAUUGGAGCAGUUGGAACUUGUCAGGAAGGAAAAAUCCCAUUUCAUAGGAUUGAUAUGUUCAUAAACUUCUCAGAUCCAUUAAUUGGAGAGAAAUUCGACGUCAAUGUUUGCACAUGGGCGUUUGGGAUGAACUUGAUUGAUUUGCAACAGUGGAGGCAGCAUCAUUUAACUAAUGCCUUUCACAGAUAUUUGCAAAUGGGUUUGUGGGACGUUGGAAGUCUACCUUUAGGCUGGCUCACCUUCUAUAACAAGACAAUGUUGUUGGACAGACAAUGGCAUGUUCUUGGCCUUGGUCAUAACUCGGGUGUUGAUCGAAGUGAAAUUGAGCGGGCUGCUGUUAUACACUAUGAUGGGAUUAGGAAGCCAUGGUUGGAUAUUGCUAUGGGCAGAUAUAAAAGUUAUUGGACCAAAUUUUUGAAUUUUGACCACCCAUUUUUGCAACAGUGCAAUAUCCAGGCAUAGUUCAAAAUUCAAAACUUCCUCUACCUGACCUGGCUUCUGUUGUUGACAUGUUCGAUGGCACAUUCAUUGCUUGCUUCACUUCAUUUUUUCUGCAAUUCUUUUGAAGUUCUCCAUAUACCUCUCAUCUCCCCAAAAUUCCUAAAGCACUUCUUUCUAAAAUUUAGCUAAUUUAUAAUUCAGAUAAAAUAAGUGUCAGUGAUGAGCAUUUUAUCUGCUUGCAGAUGAUAUUGGUUGUUGUGUGUACAUAAUCAUUGGUGUCUGUUAAUUUAUGCCAACAUUCUUUGCCAUUUAAUUCCAUGCGUCGACUGGGAGCUGACCUAUUGUUUACUUGGAAAAGCAAAUUUGCAAAUUUACAAAUUGGAGAUGACGGCUAUGUUUUGAAUUGUUCCAUGUGGAUGGUUUGACCUCUAGUCUUUUCACAAUGGCGAGGAGUGACCACUUCUCUGCAUAAUGUUUUCAAUAGCCAUGACCAAUUAAGCCUAGCUGUUUGUCAUUCUCAUUUCUCUGGUUAUGGAAUAUCA